AUGGCAGCCAAGAACCUCUUUACGCCCCUUACGCUCGGCCGCUUCACGCUGCCCAACCGCAUUUUCAUGGCACCGCUCACACGCUGCCGCGCCACCGCAAACGACCACGUCCCGUCGACAGCCAUGAUCCAGCACUACGCCGACCGCGCGUCGUCGGGCCUCAUCAUCGCCGAAGCGACCAUGAUCACGCCCAACUCGUCAACGUUCUGGACCGAGCCGGGUGUCUACUCGCCCGAGCAGCUCGUCGCGUGGAAGAAAGUCACGGACGCGAUCUGGCACGGUGGCCGCGCGGCGCACCCAGAUCUGAACCGUGGCGCCGACAACGUCGCGCCAUCGGCGAUCGCGAUUGACGGUGACACGCACGGUCCCAACGGCAAGGUGGCACACGCCGUGCCCCGCCCGCUCACGCUCAACGAGAUCAGCGACCUCGUCGCACAGUUCGCGACGGCGGCCAAGAACGCGGUCGAAAUCGCGGGCUUUGACGGUGUCGAAGUCCACGGCGCCAACGGGUACCUCAUCGACCAGUUCCUCAAGGACGGCAGCAACAAGCGCACGGACGCGUACGGUGGCUCGAUCGAGAACCGGGCGCGCUUUGUGCGGGAGAUCUUGACGGCGGUCUCGGAUGCGGUUGGCGCGGACCGCGUUGGUGUUCGGUUCUCACCCGCGAAUGGGUACAACUCGAUGCACGACUCGGACCCGGCCGCCUUGGCGACAUACCUCGCAAAGACGCUCAACGACUUUAACCUUGCGUUUAUCCACAUCCGCCGAGGAGACUCGAGCGAGCACAUGGAGAUCUACCGCAAGCACUACAAGGGCGUGCUUAUUGGCAACCAGUCGUACACGCGCGACGAAGCCAACGACGCGAUUGCAGCCGGCAAGCUGGAUGCGGUUGCAUUUGGCGCUGCGUUUGUGGCCAACCCCGAUCUCGUCGCUCGGUUUCAGAAGAACGCGCCGCUGAACGAAGGCAACCCAAAGACGUACUUUGCUCAGGGCCCCGAAGGCUACAACGACUACCCGACGCUUGAAGAGUCGACGGCGUAA